AAUAUUUACUUUUGCCUCUAGGAAUAACCCGGAAGUACUUUUUCAGAAGGCGAAAGAAGUUAUUUGUUUUUCCGGUGUUUUAAAAACGCGCCGAGUAAAACUCAGUUGGUGGCGACUUGGAGCUGAUGGGGGACGAAAAAGAGACCUGGAAAGUGAAAACGCUCGAUGAAAUUUUGCAAGAAAAAAAACGCAGACGAGAGCUCGAGGAGAAAACCGAUGCCAAGCGCCUGAAAAAUACGGAUGAUCGGGAAUCAAAACGGGACACUCCGGAGGAAGGAGAGCUGCGGGACCACAGGAUGGAAAUAACAAUCCGGAACUCUCCGUACGUGCGGGAGGACUCGAUUGAAGACAGAGGAGAGGAGGACGAAUCACUGGCCAUCAAGCCCCCACAGCAGAUGGCGAGGAAGGACAAGUCGUACCACAGAAAGGAGGAGAAGCGGAAGGAGAAGAGGAGGCACCGGAGCCACUCGGCGGAAGGAGCAGGGAAACACGGCCGGGCGAAAGACAAGGAGAAGGAGCGGGAGAACGAAAGGAGGAAGCGUCAGUGGCAGGAGGACAACAAGGCUCGCCGCGACUACGAGCGACAGAAACGACGCGACCAGGCCAGGGCCCACUCCCGCAGAGAGAGCCUGUGGGUUGCGAGCGACGAACCCCUAGGCUGGUCUCCACUAACCCUCCGGGGCCCGGGUGCCGCCCGCAGGGACCGGCUGGAGCAGCUGGAGCGCCAGCGCGAGCGCGAGCGGAAGCUGCGCGAGCAGCAGCAGAAGGAGCAGCGUGAGCACAAAGAGAGAGAGCGGCGCGCUGAAGAGAGGCGCAAAGAGCGCGAGGCGCGCCGCGAAGGCCCACCCUCCCACCACCGGGGCGGCACCGUCGAAGAGCACGCAGACAAAGCAAAGUCCCGGCACCGGAGCCGCAGCCGGAGCCGGAGCCGGAGCCCGGCUCGGCAGCAGAGAGAGCCCAGGGCCGAGAGUGACGAACGACGGAGGCCAGUGAAAGAAGAGAAGCCAGAAGACAGAGACCUGCUGGCUGACCUCCAGGAUAUCAGUGACAGUGAGAGAAAGACUAGCACAGCAGAGUCCUCGAUGGCAUCAGGUUCGGCCUCCGAGGAAGAUGAUGAGGAAGAAGAGGAGUCCAGCAGCCAGAGUGAGGGAAAUGAAGAGGGGGAGUCUGGAUCAGAGUCUGAAGGAUCUGAGCAGAGUGCAGAUGAUGUCAGCGACGAGGAGCAGUCGGAGGAGGAAGAGGAGGAGGAGGAGGAGGAGGAGGAGAGGGAGAACAGCAGCCACAUACCCACUGUCCCAGAGUCGCGCUUUGAUCAUGACUCCGAGGAGAGUGGUGACGAAGAGGAGGGAGAGGAAGACGAAGAGGGGGUCGACGCGACCCCUCAGUCUCAUUCGCAGUCGGCCACGCCGGAGGACAACUACAUCCCAGACUCGCCGCCCGUCUCUCCGGUGGAACUGAAAAAAGAACUGCCCAAAUACCUGCCUGCCCUACAGGGCUGCCGCAGUGUGGAGGAGUUCCAGUGUCUGAACCGGAUAGAGGAAGGCACUUACGGCGUGGUCUACAGAGCCAAGGACAAGAAGACUGACGAGAUCGUGGCCCUCAAGAGGCUGAAGAUGGAGAAGGAGAAGGAGGGCUUUCCCAUCACCUCCCUCCGAGAGAUCAACACCAUUCUGAAGGCCCAGCACCCCAACAUCGUCACCGUCCGGGAGAUAGUGGUGGGCAGUAACAUGGAUAAGAUCUACAUAGUGAUGAACUAUGUGGAACAUGACCUGAAGAGUCUAAUGGAGACUAUGAAGCAGCCCUUUCUCCCAGGGGAGGUGAAAACUCUAAUGGUGCAGCUGUUGAGAGGAGUUCGCCACCUCCAUGACAACUGGAUCCUGCAUCGUGACCUGAAGACCUCCAACCUGCUGCUGAGCCACAAGGGGAUUUUAAAGAUUGGGGAUUUUGGUCUAGCACGAGAGUAUGGCUCUCCUCUGAAACCUUACACACCUGUGGUGGUCACCCUGUGGUACCGUGGCCCAGAGCUGCUUCUGGGGGCAAAGGAGUACUCUACGGCUGUGGACAUGUGGUCAGUGGGCUGCAUAUUCGGGGAGCUCCUCACCCAGAAACCCCUCUUCCCUGGCAAGUCUGAGAUUGACCAAAUCAACAAAAUAUUCAAGGACCUCGGCUCUCCCAGUGAGAAAAUCUGGCCAGGCUACGUCGAGUUGCCUGCUGUGAAGAAGAUGACUUUUACAGAUUACCCCUACAACAACCUGCGCAAGCGAUUUGGAGCGCUGCUCUCUGAUCAGGGCUUCGACCUCAUGAACAAAUUCCUUACCUACUGCCCUGCCAAGCGGAUCAGCGCAGACGAGGCCUUGAUGCAUGAGUAUUUCCAGGAAACCCCGCGCCCCAUCGAGCCAUCCAUGUUCCCCACUUGGCCCGCCAAAAGCGAGCAGCAGCGGGUGAAGAGAGGAACGAGCCCCCGCCCACCAGAAGGAGGCUUGGGCUACAGCCAGCUGGGCGACGAUGAUCUGAAAGACACCGGUUUCCACCUGACCACAGCUAACCAGGGACUGUCCAAGUCUGGUCCAGGAUUCAGUCUGAAGUUUUGAGCUUGCAUCUCUCGCCCGACUCGGGUACCAGGCCAGAGCAAAGGCGUUCCUCAGCUUCUCUGUGGCACUAAUGCCAGGACUCCAUUUAAGAGAGCCCAGCUGAAAGUUGACUGUACCUUCCUCUGAGCCUCGCUGAGACAGACGGACUCUCGCAACCUGUUUCUUCGUUGAGAGGGAGCACUUCUUCAAGGACGUUCGACUGCUCUGUCUCCCAGCAGUUAGAGGAAUUAACUGCUCCUAUAUGAAAGAAGCCCAAAUUGGUCUUCUGACUUCAGAUGUUUGUUUGUUUGUUUUAUUUCUUCACCCUUUUGUCUAUCACAUCUGUUGUCUCUCUUUGUCCAACUUUUAGGUUUUAUCUACCAGUACGUUCAUCAGGUCUAAGCCUUAUAGAUUUUAAAUUUCAAACCAGACUUUUCCACAGUCGACAAUGGACUGUUAACGAUUAAAAUCCACCUACGGUCACACUCACAUACCCUGGACCUAUAACUGUAGUUGCGUAAUAAUGUACUAUGCCAAAAUGCACUGGAAUCUGGGACUGGCAUAGGUAAAGUUGUGUAGGAAGAAAUAAACUAUUUGUAAGUCUA